AACUCAAGUUCCCUACAAAUUUAUAAACAGAUUUUCCACAAUCUUCUAAUUUUCACAAAUUGUAUACGGACACAUUUAAAACAACUUUUCGUGAGGCUAAAAUUCUUCAUCGAUUAAGAAGCCACUCAGUCAUAUAACAAUCCAUACUUCAAUCAUUAAUUACUCUCUAUCACGCGCCACCACAGCCCACCACCAUGCCUCCUCACCGCCACCGUAUCCUCCUCGUGCCAUACCCCAUACAAGGCCACCUCAACCCAGCCUUCGAACUCGCAAAACGACUCAUCACUUUAGGUGCACACGUGACUAUCUCUACCACCACACACAUGCUCAACCGUAUCACUAACAAACCUUCCCUCCCUAACCUCUCUUACCUCCCUUUCUCCGACGGCUUCGACGAUGGCUUUAAAGGCACAACCACCGAAGCUUACUCACUCUACCACGCAGAGUUCAAACGCCGCGGCUCUGAGUUUUUCGCAAAUACUCUUCUCUCUAACUCACAACAAGGUACUCCUUUCACUUGCUUAGUUCACUCUCUUCUCCUUGAAUGGGUCGCACAGGCCGCGCGUGGGUUUCACCUCCCUACGGCUUUGCUCUGGGUUCAACCAGCCACCGUGUUCGACAUCUUAUAUUACUACUUUCACGGUUUCUCGGAUUCCAUCAAAAAACCCUCAUGUUCCAUUGAAUUACCAGGAUUGCCACUGUUGCUUUCAUCACGUGAUUUACCUUCGUUUCUGUUGGAGUCAUGUCCAAGGGCUCACACUUUGAUGCUUUCAUUAUUUGAGCAACAGUUCAACGAGCUUGACAUUGAAACAAACCCAAUAACGAUACUUGUCAAUUCCUUUGAAGCUUUGGAACCAGAUGCACUGAGAGCCGUCGAUAAUUUAAACAUGAUUUCCAUCGGACCGUUGAUUCCUUCUGCAUUUUUGGAUGAGAAAGAUCCAACGGUUAAUACUUCAUUUGGAGGUCAGGCUCAUAUCUUCCAACCUUCAAAUGGUUACGUUGAAUGGUUGGACUCUAAGACGGAGAAAUCGGUUGUUUAUGUUUCGUUUGGUAGUAUGAGUGUGUUAUCAAAGAAACAAACGGAGGAAAUUGCUCGUGCUUUGUUGGAUUGUGGAUUUCCAUUCUUGUGGGUGAUUAGGGAGGCGAAAGAAGGAGAGAAGGAGGAAGACUUGAGUUGUAGGGAGGAGUUGGAAGAGAAAGGGAAGAUAGUGAAAUGGUGUUCACAAGUGGAGGUUCUUUCACAUCCUUCUUUGGGUUGUUUUUUAACUCACUGUGGUUGGAAUUCGACUCUGGAAAGCUUGGUGUCAGGGGUUCCUAUGGUGGCGUUUCCUCAGUGGACAGAUCAGAUGACAAAUGCAAAGUUAGUUGAAGAUGUGUGGAAAACAGGGGUGAGGGUGGAUCAUGAAGUGAGCGAGGAUGGAGUUGUGGGAGGGGGUGGAAUUAGGAGGUGUUUGGAAGUGGUGAUGGGGAGUGGAGAGAAGGGAGAAGAAUUGAGAAGGAAUGCAGAGAAAUGGAAGAGAUCGGCUAGAGAGGCGGUGAAAGAAGGUGGCUCUUCGGAUAAGAAUGUUAGGAGUUUUCUGGAUUGGGUUGGAGAAUGCAUGCAUGCACGUGUCGCUGAAAAGUGAGUUUAGACUAUUGUGUGCGCAUUUUCUAGUUCAAUUAUUACACGGUUCAUCCUAUUUUUCUCUUGUUUAAGUUAUGUUUAUGUUUAGUUAAAGAAAAGAAGUUAAGUUUAUGUUUAGAUAAUUGAAAUUUAUGACGGUAUACAUAGUCUCGUAUGCAAAUAAUAUAAUAUUUUAAAUUUUUUAAAUAAAUGAUUAUUGAUAGUUUUCUUUUUUAUAA